AUGAACAAGUGCUUCAAGCCGGAACACACCAACAUUGACUGGGAGUACGAUGAGGACCAGUUCCAAGCCUGGGCAGACGGCAAGACCGGCUACCCUAUCGUAGAUGCUGCCAUGCGGCAGCUGCGGCACUCGGCGUGGAUGCACAACCGCACUCGGAUGGUCGUCUCGUCCUUCCUGUCCAAAGACCUGCUUAUCGACUGGCGCCGGGGCGAGCGGUACUUCAUGGAGCACCUGAUCGACGGGGAUUUUGCAUCUAACCACGGCGGGUGGGGGUUUGGCAGCAGCACAGGAGUAGAUCCCCAGCCCUACUUUCGCAUCUUCAACCCGCUACGGCAGAGCGAGCGAUUUGAUCCGGAAGGCGAGUACAUCCGCUACUGGGUUCCCGAGCUGCAUGAUGUCCAGGGCACUGCCAUCCAUGCUCCCUAUGACCGAGGAGCAGGGGCAGUUGCGGAGAAGAAUGGAUACCCCCGACCAAUGGUUGAGCAUGCGACCAGUCGGGAGAAGGCUUUGGAACGGUACAAGCGUGCGUUGCAUGGAUGA